AUGGUGGCAGUGGUGGCAGGGAUGCUGACCUUCGGUUGCUUUCUGGGCCACAGCCUUGGGGCCACCUGGGGCCUCCAUAUGGCCUCCAGGUGUUUUGGUGUGAAGAUAUCACCCUUGGAGGAGAAAAUUACCUACAUGGGCCAAGUUUAUGAUGAAGAAGAUUACAGGAGAACUCCCUUUGUUGGUUGCCAGAAAGAGGUAAAUGAAAACUUUGCAGUUGAUUUGAUAUCAGAGCAACCAGUGAGUAGAGUGGAAAGUGAAGUGUUAUCAUGUGACGGUGGAGGAGGAGCUCUUGGUCAUCCAAAAGUGUAUAUAAACUUGGACCAAGAGACUAAAAAUGGGACUUGUGGAUAUCGUGGACUUCAGUUUAAAUACCACCACCACCACUGA